AUGAAUAGCUCAGCCAUUGCAAAGAUGAAGAUACCGAUAGGUACUGCGAGCUCUGUGUUAUCAAGAGUGAGUAUGGCUGCUCCAGAUAAGAUUUUAGGGCUUACUGAGAAGUUUAAUGUCGAUCGUAACCCAAAUAAGAUCAACUUGACGGUGGGAAUUUACAAAGAUGAAGCAGGCAUUGUCACUACAUUCCCCAGCGUCUCACGAGCGCAAGCUAUGUUAGAUUCACACCUCGAUUUGAACAACGAUUUGUCAUAUCUUCCGAUUACAGGAUCCCAGGAGUAUCAGAAUAACGUGCUAAACUUUCUCUUUAGAGAGUCUAGCGAUGGGAAUGAACUUUUAGAUGAGAACAGAAUCACAUUUGUGCAGACGUUGAGUGGGACUGGGGCGCUUGCGGUGGUUUCGAAGCUUCUUUCCACCUUUGUUUCCAAAACUGUGUGGAUUCCGAACCCAUCGUGGGCUAAUCAUGCCAAUGUAUUCAAAUGGAAUGGAUUCAAGCAGAUUAAGUACUACACCUACUAUGAGAAUGGAAAGUUGAAUGUCGAUAAGUGGCUAAGCGACUUACAAUCGAGCUAUACGGCGGAAAAGGAUGAUGAAAACUGGCCUCCGUGUAUAGUUUUGCAUGCAUGCUGUCACAAUCCUACAGGUGUUGAUCCUACUUUAGAACAGUGGCAGCGUAUUUUACCAGUUAUUCACGACAUGGGGAUUAUUCCAAUUGUCGAUAUGGCAUACCAGGGCAUGGAGUCAGGAAACCUUGUCCAGGACGCAUAUUUGUUACGCAUGUGUCUCGAGUACGAGUGGGAGAAUGGAUUGUACUUGUGCCAAUCUUUUGCGAAGAACAUGGGACUUUACGGUGAAAGAGUCGGUUCCUUAAGUGUCGUUGUACCUCCAAACCCUAAGGAUCUAAAGGCUAGAUUGGACUCUCAAUUGAAGAAGAUUGUAAGAGGUAUAUACUCUUCGCCUCCAGGGUACGGUUCUCGUGUGGCAAAUCUAGUGUUGAGCAACCCAGACUUGAAACGCCAAUGGUUUGUGGAUGUGAAAGCCAUGUCUGAUAGGCUUUGGGGCGUCCGCAAUCUGAUGCAUGAACGACUAAACUGGCCAAACUUGGUGAAUUUCGAGACUCAACACGGCAUGUUCUACUACACGGGCCUAAGUCCACAACAGGUGCAGAAACUGCAAGAUCAGUAUGGCAUCUAUUUGACUCAGGAUGGGAGAAUGUCGCUCUCUGCAGUCAACGAUGGGAACAUUGACUAUUUAUGUAAUUCAUUACUAGAUGUAGUGGAGUAA